UUACUUCCUCCUAUGACGUCACAGAGGGUGAGGGACUCAGUCCAAGGGCUGUGGCCUCAACUUGGCAGUUGCAGGAUUCGCAAGUGUUUGAAAAGGCCAAGGCUGCCCACAGGACAGGCUGACCCGGCGAGCACACGAGCCCCGUGUUCUCCUAGAGCAGGUCCCUCAAAGACGACUGCAAAUGUAGCUCUCCUAAUAGCCGUGGUGGAACUUCCGUGGUGAAGGCACACACACACCCUCUCAACCUCAUUCUCCAGGGAGUCCACCUCACCUAGUCUGCACACGCCCGCCUGCUGGCCCUGACGACAUCAUCAUGCCUCGGGCUCAUAAGCGCAAGGGCCGUGCCCCUAAGAAAAGUCGCCAUACUGGACAGGACCCCCAGGCUCACAGGGCAGCUCAGGGAGGGACCGAAUUGGCAGAAGAGCCCUCCUCUUCUUCUCCUGUUCUUGAGGACAUUCCACGGAGCUCAUCUGCUGCUGUGUCAGGUACCCCUCCCCCAAGACCCAGCAGCCCUCCCUCCACCAGCACGACUUCUGGACGUGUUCCUGACACAAGACCUCAUGAGGGUGACGACAGCCAAGGCGAGGAAGAGCAACAGCCACCUUCCUCGGGGGUCACACCCUCCGCUGACAGAUCACACAGUGAUGCUUUAGCCACGAAGGUGGAUUUGUUGGAGCAGUUCCUGCUCUACAAGUAUAAAAUGAAACAGCCCAUCAUGAAGGCAGACAUGCUGAUGGUGGUUAACACCAAGUGCCCACACCUGUUUGCAGAAAUCCUCCAGGGAGCCUCUCGCAGCAUUGAGGCUCUCUUUGCGGUGGAAGUGAAGGAAAUCAACUCAACCUGUCAAUCCUAUGACCUCGUCAGCAAACUCAAACUGCCCAACAAUGGGAGGGUGCGCCCUGGCAGGGGCUUACCCAAGACCGGUCUGCUGAUGACUCUCCUGGGUGUGAUCUUCAUGAAGGGCAACCGGGCCACCGAGGAAGACGUCUGGAAAUUCCUGAACACCAUGCGGAUCUAUGCUGGGAGGAAGCACUUCAUCUACGGAGAGCCCAGGAAGCUCAUCACCAAGGAUUUAGUGAGGCUGCAGUACCUGGAGUACCGGAGGCUGCCUGACACUGAUCCUGCACGCUACGAAUUCCUGUGGGGUCCAAAAGCCCAUGCUGAAACCAGCAAAAUGAAAGUCCUGGAGUUUGUGGCCAAGGCCCGUGACACCGUGCCUACUGCCUUCCCAUCCCAGUAUGAAGAGGCUUUGCGAGAUCAGGAAGAGAGCCCGAGUCGGAACUGCUGCCACCCCAGGAGCUACUGCCAGAGCCAGACUCAGGUCAUGCACAUGUCCAGCUGCUUCCUCACUCCUACUCAAAUCCAAGGACAUUUGCUAUCCAGAAGAGAACCUAAGCCACCAUGACAGGAGCUGCCUUUAAAAUGGGGAAGAAUCUCACAGACCAAGGGUUGGGCUAAUGCAACAUUAAAAAAAAAAUUACCCA